GGCAUUCAAAAAUUUUCUCUAAAAGAAACAACAACUGCUAGGGACGCUCUUGUUAGGAUAAAUAAAAUAAGGGUUUUAAUCGCUGUAUUGAAUUAAAAAUAUUGAAGAAACAAUUUGCGCAACUAUACAUGAUGGAAAAUUCGAAUGAAAGUGAUGGGGCUCCACUAACCCAUUCCCUUGAAAAUGUAUCAAGGCGUUCAAGAAAAGUGAAAAAUCUUGAAAAGGAAGUUGAAAUGAUACUUUCACAAGACGAAAGUGAUGAAGAGAGGGAAAAUGAUGAAGAGUUGGCACCAUUACCCAAAACUCCUUCCACUAGGAGGAGGCAGGUCAAAGGAACUGCUUGUACUCCCCAAGCAUCGGAAUCUGUAUUGCAGGAUAUGCUGCAAACUCCGCGUAGAAGUUGCCGGAAAAGUAUUAAGCCACCGCAAGAUUAUGAUGAUAUUGUGAAACAUUCAACAAGACGGUCAGCUAGAAAGAAACUCAAACCAUUGGAUGAAAACAAUGAGGAGAACGAGAAUGAAAUUGAGGAAGAAUAUCCUAAGUGGUCUGCAGCAAGUGUUGGAAGAUCUUCAACAAAGCGUGGAAGAAAAUCUAGGCGCAACACUACCACCAACCGUGGUAGGAGGAAUUUAAAUGAAACUGCAUUGGACGAACAAAAUGUUGCUCACGUCUCUUCUCGUGGAAGUGAAGAAACCGAUGAUGCAACUGUACACGUCAAAAAGGAGGUAGACGUUGAAAUCUCGAUUGUUCCCGAUAAUGUGAUGGAGAACAAUGAAAAUGUUAUGGAAGUGAAAGGUGUCAAGGAAGAGGGAAAUCAACUAUUCAAAGAAGUUAUUCCAAACCCAGAAGUGCAUGAAGAAAUUCCUUUGGAACAGAAAGAAAUAGAGGAUGUUAUAUUUCCCAAAAUGGAAGAGAAAAAUCCUGAAGAGAUUAAUUGUGUAAUCGAUAAAAUUCCACAAGAACAGCCUGAACAUACAAUGAACUUAAUGCAAGAAGAUGAAAAUCCCGAGGAAGAUAUUCAAUUAAUUCAGGACGAUGAAGAGGACGAUGUAAAAGAGGUGAUAAUCCAACAACAACAAGAGGAGGAAGAAAAGAAAACAAUAAAUGAUGUUCCCUAUUUGAAAGUGGAAGAAGUUGCUGAUUUAAGUGUCCAAGAAGAAUCGAUGAUUUCAAUAAAAGAUGAUUCCAUUAUUGAACAAGUUAAGAAUGAGAACGAAGAAUAUAAGGAGAGAAAAUCAUCCGUGGAAAACGAUUCCUUUGGUUGUUAUUUAAAAUCAAAAGAAAUCGACAUUGAUGAUCUUGGUUUAAAUCCUAUCAAUGAUGAUGAUGACUCAGCUAAUGUAUCCAUUAGAGAAGAGGUCAAAAUGGAGGAAACCCAGAAUGUGGCAUUAAUCGAACAACCGGAAGAAAUGCCUUCGUUAAUACUCUGCGAUGAUGAUGAUGACUGUGAAGAUAAUAAUGAGAAGCCUCAAGAAGAAGAAACGGUCAAUCUAAAUGAGACAUUCGAUGCAGGAAUUACUGAGGAUGUCACAAAAACAUCGAAUGUUGAAGGACAUUUAAUGGAGGUGGACAAUUUAGCUAAAGGAAGUGACUUACCGCUUUCUAUAGAGACAACAGAAAUGGACAAACUACAAUUGUCUGAUGAUGAAGAGGAGGAGGAGAAUGGUCCAGCCAAGAAAAAGUCGAAGGUCAUGUUUAGCAAUCAAAUUCCAUCUUCACCCUCAACACCCAAACAAUCAAAAAUGACAGUCAGACAACUAACACCAUAUCGCACUAAAAGCGAUAGCAAACCUAAAAUAGUUCCAAUGCAUGGUAGUGACAAAAAAUUACAUUUGAAAAAGGACAACUUAAAUUUCAGUACAUCCGAACUAACAACAAUGACUCCAAGAGAUAUUGUCUUAAGAGGCAUACGUAAGAGGUCCAUGUCCGUGUGUUUGGGAGUUCCAGUGCCCAAACUUACCAGAAGUGCCAAAAAGGCACAACAAAAAGCAGUGAAUUUCUAUAGUCCAGCAAACCAGACAGCAAUUAUUGAAGAUUUAGAUAAACUAAUACAGAAAAAUGUGAAGCAAAAUAUGCAAAAAUCAGAAGAUGGAAAUAAAAAUGUAACAACAAGGCGCAAACGUUCAUAUUCUUUUGAUGAGUCCACUAUGUCAAAAUCCAUGUGUGUAACCUCAAGACUUCCACGUCCAAUGGCCAAUUCCAAACAUUUCCUAAAUUCAACCACGACAUCAUCAUCGACUUUACUGACCUCAAGUAUGUCCAAACCGGCACGCACAAAAUUACCAAACUUCGCUGCUAUUCAUCAAAAACAGUUCCAGAAAAUGGAAAAUUUAGCUGAUCAUGUCGCUCGUAAACAGGAACGCUCUAAAAAUUUAAUCAACUCCAACAGCAAAAUAAGGCCAGUAUCGGCCCAGAAAAAUAUUUCAACUUCCGUGAGGAAUAACAGCAAUACAAAUGAAAAACCUAAGGCUUUGAAACGCAUAGAUAUGACAUCAUCACAAAGUCAAAUUCAAGGCAAGUCAGCAAAUACUUCGAUAGCAACUACUGCAAGAAAAUUGCCAGCUCCUCUCAAUAAUCAAAAUAAAAAUCCCAUAGAACAAAAUACAAAAUCAUCCAAUUUACCGGAUCCAAGAGAUGCCAAGAUACCACUAACUACUACUAAAUCAAAAACAACAGUAGCUCCGUCAAGCAUGUUACCUAAAAAACAUUUGCAGCCAACGCAAUCCUUUAAUGUUUCAUCAAAUACAAAUUAUUCUUUUAAACAAAAGCCCACAUUCAAUUUGUCAACACAAGUGGCCGCUGGCAGCAGCAGUACAGCAUCAAGUAGACUCGCAGCUAACACAUCGAUUGCCCAGAAGAAAACCACAACAACAGGCCUUACCAAUCAGGAUAAGAUGGCUUCACGGUUACAGCGUCACAUGGAUAUGUUCAAAGGUCGUGUUCCGGCAGCACGCGCUGGUGUCGCUUCACGUAAAAAUGAGGCAGCUAUAAAAGGUGUCCGUUCGAAUCGUCGCUUUGAAUUGCAAAUGCAACAUAGAAAGAAUAUCGAAAAUUAGUGUUUCUCAUAUUGCAAUUUGUUGAAUUUGCUUUAAAAUGUAUUUUUAUAUUUUUUAAUUAAUUUAAUUAUAUUUAGGAUGUAUUUAUAAGUAAGGGUUAAGAUACUCGUCGUUCGCUUUUUCAAUUUGAAUUAUUUUUAUAAUAUUUGUUUCAAUGUUGAUUUCGAGUUUGUGCUUGUAAAAGACAUUGUUCGCGUGGUUUCGCUCUCUUGACUAUUUUUUCGGUAAUACUAUAUAAAUGUAAAUUUUUGGCAUAAUUGAUGAAAGAACAAUUAUUCGAAAUAAAACAUUUUUAAAAUGUA